GCCACGGCAGCUGAGGCAUCACCGGCCUCUCCUACCUCUUCACCAGCUAAUGUGGAUUCAAAAUUAAACAAAAUUGUUGACGACAUCUCCGGUCUUACAUUACUGCAAGCAGCUGACCUGGUGACACUCCUGAAGUCUCGCUUGAACAUUCAAGAAAUAGCCAUGCCCGCCCCAACUACUGCUCCCGUUGCGAAUGUCUCUACUGAGGACAUUACACCCCCAGAGGAAAAACCAAAGGAAAAGACGAUAUUCAACGUAACGUUAGAGAAAUUCGAUUCCGUGGCCAAAGCCAAGAUCAUCAAAGAAAUCAAGUCCAUUAUUCCCAACAUCAACCUUGUUGAGGCGAAGAAAUUUGUCGAAUCCGUGCCGAGGGUUGUCAAGGAGAAUCUUCCUAAAGAGGACGCUGAGAAGUUGAAGAAAACGUUCACUGAUCUUGGAGCGACUGUCACUUUAUCGUGA